UAACCGCCCUAUCGUUACAUUUUGAAGUAACGAUAAUUGUUCCAGAUAGUGGGUACAAUUUGUGCUUCAUUGGUGCAGACACUCGCGGCCAUACAAAGCUCGUUUACAGUAGCUCUUCAUCAAGCAUGGGCAAGCGUGCACCCGUGUCCGAGGCGGAGAAGCUUCUGGUCGAGGAAGUGUUCCAGACCAAACCGCAGAAGAAGAGAAACAAGCGCAAGAACCAGGGCAAAGGCGAACAAGACAAGACCUCGCUUAAACUCAAAGCUGCCUGGGUAGACGAUGACGAUGACGAUGUCGAGGUGAACUUGGAGGAACAGCCACAGCUUCGUAAGCUCCGCAAGACCGAGGAGGACACGGUCGUUGAUGGAAAGGAGCUCAACCGUCGCCUCAAGACUUUCUACCAGUCAGCGCACGGUGCUGUCUCGUGGGCAGACCCCAAGAACUUCUUGGGGGAUCGCCAGGUGGACUCAGAUGAUAGCGACGAUGAGGAGGCUGAGCUAAUCCGCAGUACCGGCAAGAUGAUUGAGGACUCUGGCGAGCUGCUGCCCCAGGGCUCAUUAGAGGUCGCCCGCAUGAAGGACGCCAAUCAGCAUGCGCCGUCCAAUGCCGUUAUCCAAUCGGUGCAGUUCCACCCGAACGGACAGAUUAUGCUGACAGCGGGUCUAGACAAGACGCUGCAUCUUUUCCAAGUGGACGGCAGCAACAACGCCAAUAUCGAGAACGUCUUCGUGCAGGAUCUCCCCAUUUUGGACGCCAAGUUUACGCUCGGUGGAGACCGUGCGGUUUUGACCGGACCUCGCCAGUAUUUCUUCUCGUACGACAUCGAGGCCGGCAAGAUCACCAAGAUCCCUGGUCUAUAUGGACGGAAGGAGAGGAAGCGUGAAAAAUUCGUCGUCUCUGACAGCGGAGAGACGAUUGUGUUCCUGGGAAGCAAUGGCUACUUGGAUGUGGUUUCAGCCAAGUCGUACGAGUCGAUUGGCACUCUCAAGAUGAACGGUACUGUCAACUCGGCGGUUUUCUGCGAGAACGACCGCUAUCUGAUUAGCACAGGCUCGGACGGACAGAUUUACAAGUGGGAUAUGCGUACUCGGCGGUGUGUGUUCGUCCACGACGAUGAAGGUAGUCUAGGCAACCACGCACUGGCCGCUAGCGGCAAACACUACGCUGCUGGUUCGAAGAGCGGUGUGGUCAACAUUUACGAUAACGCUGGUCUGACGGCCAAGCCCAAGCCGCGGAAGGCAUUGAUGAACCUUACCACUCAGGUCGACCACCUCAAGUUCAACGCGAACUCGGAGAUUUUGGCGAUGGCUUCUAAUGAUGCCAAGGACUCGUUGAAGAUGGUGCACAUGCCGUCUCUUACGGUAUUCUCCAACUGGCCAACGGCACACACGCCACUGCACUACGUGUCAGCAAUGGACUUCAGUCCGAACAGCGGCUACUUCGCAGUUGGUAAUGCUCGAGGACGUGUGCUGUUGUACCGACUGACCCACUACAAGUCAACAUAAAGAGGGAACUCGUCAAACACAAACGCACCGCAGUUCUCUGGGGCUUUUAGGUCAGAGGUUUGGUAUAUAAUAGAGAUGAGUGCUCGUUGCAUACUGCU